GAAUAUUCUGCAUAUCGAGGAAGGUAAUCGAGAUGAGUUGCCAAACACAGAACUGAUCAACUUUUCGAAGCGUCGAAAAGUGGCGGAAAUCACAGGAGAAAUCCAACAAUACCAGAAUCAACCGUAUUGCUUGAAUGUCGACCCGAAAAUUAGAAGCUUCCUUGAGAAUCUGGAUCCAUUCAAAGGAAUGAGUGAUACGGCCAUAUUAGACUUUGUAUUCAAAGAAAGUGAACGACUGGAACCGAAAUACGCAAAGCAACCAAUUAAAUUCUCAAGAAAAUGGCCAGAUUUGCCAUUAAAAUCGCCUGGCACAAAACCAAAACGCCAUAGUCAUCAAACGAGUUCGAUAUCUAUGCCGGGUACCCUACCCUUUAGCAAUAAAACCACGCUGCACACAAACAGCACCAGUGGUAAAAGUAGUCAAAACAAUAGCAUGAGCUAUAACACCAGCGAAGGUGAACAAUCACCAACCAGCCACAAUACAUCAACGUCUUCCGCACAUGACUUUGCAGUUUUUGCCAAUGUCAACAUACAGGGAAAUUCUGCAUCAUCGUUUUCGCAAUCGCAGGUGAUAUUGAAUACGAUAUCGACAUCCAUGACCGAUUACGGUGACACAAUAUCGCUAAACUCAUCAAUGUUACCGCCCGAACUGCCGAAACGAUCAAACAGUAUUACUUCUUUGCCAAACAAUAUGAACUGUACGGAUGUUAAGCCAAUAUUAAGUCCACGCAACUCGGACAAUGUGACGCCUGCGCUGCGAUCUCAACCAAUAAUUAGCCCAAAACUGCUAGAUUCGGUGAAUGAAGAACCUACACCGCCGCAUUCAGCCAGUUUUGCAAAUAAUAACAAUGAACCACCAUUGAUAAGUCCUCGAUUAAACAGUUACCAAACGCAUCAGAAUACAACCGAUGCUGGUGCUUCAAAUUUCAAUCGAUCUCCAUUCCAAAAUACGUCACAUCAUCGAAUCGCUUCAAAUGUGCGAAACAGUAGCUAUGGUGAUGAGGGUGCAUCGACAAGUGCAGCCGGCACAUAUCCAGUGAGUCCAAAGCAUUCGAAUAUCUCGUCAGAUAUGCAUGAAUUCGGUCCGAUGCCAAUUUCACCACAUGUCAAUGUGCCGAAUGCUCAAAAUUUCUGCCACAUACCACCACCGUUGCCACCACGACGACGCCAAAAGCAAGAAACGGAAGCGGUGCGACUAGCUCAAAUUCGACAAGCACCCGACGCACCGGAAUUACCGCCAAGAGAUGUGUCACCACCACCAGUUCCGCCGAGACUGAGUCUGACGCAUAUUGCGGUAAAAAAAUCGAACGCUUGUAACAUAUACAACGACGAGGGCCUACGAGAGCACAGCCUGAAAUUGCCAAACACCAGCACAAUCAUGAUGCGCAGAAAUUCUGCACUAAAAGAAGGAGCAUCCACAAGCGACUCGAAUACGUCAUCCAAUGCAACUACACCGUCAAUUUUGCCGGCUGCCAAAUCGCUCGAUUUUCCCGAUGUCUCUUUGGCCAACAAGUUUCAUCAAAACAUUACUUCUGCACCUCCAGUCAAUCGAAAGCCCAGCGCGAAUUCGUCGCCCAGUUUUUUGCUCGGUGAAACCACACCAAAACUUCCGCCAAAACCGAAAAAUUCCGCGUUUUCAUCACAUAAUGAUCGCACAACGAUGUUUCCAUAUCCAAGUACAAAUCAUGAACAAUAAAAAGAAACAACGCCUGGUGGCGGAAGGAAUUGAAGCAAAAUCUUGAUAAUGAUCGACGUACGACUGCUGCAAUUUAGCUUCGUUUUCUAUUUUAUGAACGACUAUCCGAGUCUUCAUUGCAAUAUUUUACGCAUUUUUAUCCAUAGCCUGAUGAAAACAAUGAAAAUGGUAUCGAUUUGAACGAAGCCCGAAAUGAAAAUUGGACGAAUUUGUUAGUUUCUUUUUUGUUUAAUUAUAGCAAAUGAAUUGUUGGACUUUUUGUGUCGCGAAA